GAUGGAUGGAUGGAUCAAUGGAUGGAUGGCUGGGUGGACCAAUGGAUGGAUGACUGGUUUGAUGGAUCAAUGGAUGGAUGGCUGACUGGAUGGAUCAAUGGAUGGAUGCAUGGAUCAAAGGAUGGAAGGAUCAAUGGAUGCAUCAAGGAUGGAUCUAUGGAUGAAUGGAUAGAUCAAAUGAUGGAUGAUUGGGUGGGUGGAUCAAUGGAUGGAUGGCUGGGUGGAUGGUUGUGUGGAUGGAUGGUUAAGUGGAUGGAUCAAUGGACGGAUGGCUGGGUGGAUGGAUCAAUGGAUGGAUUGCUGGGUGGAUGACUGGGUGGAUGGAUCAAUGGAUGGAUUGUUGGGUGGAUGGAUCAAUGGAUUGAUUGCUGGGUGGAUGGAUCAAUGGAUGGAUUGCUGGGUGGAUGGAUCAAUGGAUGGAUGGCUGGGUGGAUGGAUCAAUGGACGGAUGGCUGGGUGGAUGGAUAAGUGGAUGGAUGGAUGGAUCAAUGGAUGGAUGGCUGUGGAUGGCUGUGUGGAUGGAUGGCUAAGUGGAUUGAUCAAAGAAUGGAUGGCUGGGUGGAUGGAUCAAUGGAUGGAUUGCUGGGUGGAUGGCUGGGAUCAAUGGAUGGAUUGCUGGGUGGAUGGCUGGGUGGAUGGAUCAAUGGAUGGAUGGCUGGGUGGAUGGAUCAAUGAACGGAUGGCUGGGUGGUUGGAUCAGUGGAUGGGUGGAUGGAUCAAUGGAUGGAUGGCUGGGUGGGUAGAUCAAUGGACGGAUGGCUGGGUGGAUGGAUCAGUGGAUGGAUGGCUAGGUGGACCAAUGGAUGGAUGACUGGAUGGAUGACUGGUUGGAUGGAUCAAUGGAUGGAUGCAUGGAUCAAAGGAUGGAAGGAUCAAUGGAUGGAUCGAUGGAUGAAUGGAUAGAUCAAAUGAUGGAUGAUUGGGUUGGUAGAUCAAUGGAUGGAUGGCUGGGUGGAUGGCUGUGUGGAUGGAUGGUUAAGUGGAUGGAUCAAUGGACGGAUGGCUGGGUGGAUGGAUUAAUGGAUGGAUUGCUGGGUGGAUGGCUGGGUGGAUGGAUCAAUGGAUGGAUGGCUGGAUGGAUCAGUGGAUGGAUGGAUGGAUCAAUGGAUGGAUGGCUGGGUGGAUGGCUGUGUGGAUGGAUGGCUAAGUGGAUUGAUCAAUGGACGGAUGGCUGGGUGGAUGGAUCAGUGGAUGGAUGGAUCAAUGGAUGGAUGGCUAGGUGGACCAAUGGAUGGAUGACUGGUUGGAUGGAUGGAUGGAUCAAUGGAUGGAUGCAUGGAUCAAAGGAUGGAAGGAUCAAUGGAUGGAUCAAGGAUGGAUCGGUGGAUAGAUCAAAUGAUGGAUGAUUGGGUGGGUGGAUCAAUGGAUGGAUGGCUGGGUGGAUGCCUGUGUAGACAGAUGGCUGGGUGGAUGGCUGUGAGGAUGGAUGGUUUAGUGGAUGGAUCAAUGGACAGAUGGCUGGGUAGAUCAAUGGACGGAUGGCUGGGUGGAUGGAUCAGUGGAUGGAUGGAUUGCUGGGUGGAUGGAUGGGUGAAUGAACUUAUGGAUGGCUGGGUGGAUGGAUGGAUCAAAAGAUGGAUGGAUAGGUGGAUGGAUGGAUGGAUGAAUAAAUGAAUGGAUUAGUAGGCGAUUCCAUAAGGUUCACAAUGUGAGCUUACAAAAUGCUAAUUUAAUGUAGACUAACAUACUUUUAUUGCCUUUAUCUGGAGCCUUUGAAGUGGCUUGACUUUGUGCAUCAGAUUCAAGAUAAGGCUUCACAUCAUCAUAAUCAGAGUGGAUAUCUCUGUCAUCUUCAUCCAUAUUAGUAUCUCUGUAGAUACUGUCCAUUUGAGUCAAUGUACCAUCAUCUUUAAUAUGCAAGUCCCCACUGUCAUUAUCAUCUCCUUCAUUCAUAAGGAUGUUUUGCAUCAGGUUUUCU